UGCAGUUAUCGCGAGAUCCCGUAGAGUUCCCGGAGCUCUCCCUCUCUCCAUUGGGAAAGCAGAAAAUAAAGCUGCUGCCGAUGAGAUGGCUACUUAUGCAUCCAAGUCGUUUUCCAUCUUGUGACUGGCCAAGAGGUUUCCCUGCAGGAAAGCGAUUCUACCCGGCAGUCGAUCAGUUGGAAUUUUAGGACUUGUGAGCAGUUUUUGUUAGGAGAAGUCAAGCUGAAGAUUUCAGAGUGCCCGUGCCUUUAGCCUACACCGCUAACUGUAGGUAGCAGAAAAGCACCGGACGAACUUCGCGCAGACGGACUGCUGCGUGUGGAGGAGCAGCCUGCUGCCUGACAGCGACCCCUUUCCUGGUGGCCUGCCGCCUACGGGACUCUGUUUUCCUCAGGCGACCUUGUUUGUUCUCAUGUAGAAGACAAUAAUUGCGUGGAAAUGUGCUUUUCGUCGUUUGCGCCAUCCCCGUAUUGAUCUAGAAACCCACUGGCAAGCUAACAGGAUAUUAGCCACCUUCUCGCCUCUUCGCUUUGUGGUUGCAGGCCAUGGACCGAGAAGCACUGGCCGUUUACUGGAUGAUGGGAGGUCUCGCUUGAUGGCAGCUACUGGGAGGCAGCACAGGACCUAGUUUAACCGACGGAACAUUUGAGCACUUUGUUACUUGAAAAUGCCUCGGAGCGCCGGAGCCUUUUCCAAGUUGGGAUAAGGGGAAAGGGCAGGGAAACAGCGGGAUUACAGCUCCGCCGGUGAUUAAAUAUCCUCGAAGGAAUUUUCUCGAGUGAGUUUAUUUAAAAAGGGGAAGCACCAUGUCUACCGCUAAAGAAAACCCCUGCAGGAAAUUUCAACCGAACUUUUUUAACAAAAGUAAAUGUCAGAAUUGCUUCAAACCACGGGAGCUGCAUCUCCUGACCGACCAGGACCUGAU